AUGGAUACUUUACAAUUAACUUCAAACUCAAGCUAUAAAUUUAAAAAAACAUAUGGUAUUGUAAAUUAUGGUGAUACCUGUUUUUUCAACUCAGCUUUUCAAUCAAUAUUACUAUGUGGUCUUUUAAAUGAAGAAAAUUGUUGGAUAUUAGAUAAAAGCAAAUUAAAACCAAUCAUAGAUUAUAGUGAUAUUCACCACAAUCAAUUAGAAAAACAUAACAUCAUUUUAAAAAAAGUUACCACUUUGAACAGUGUAACGAUUGAAAAUGUAAGCUCUACCGGUUCAAAUUUCAAAAACAACUUUAAACCCAAAGAUCUAAUUUUCCCUCAGUUCAAGAAACAUAAGAUUCAAUAUUAUUCAAUUUAUUGGAACAAACUUAUUCAUAUUCCUUUGUACUCCAGUGAUGAAAAAAAAGAUAUUACAAUGGAAUCGUUUAUCAAUAGGCUGUUUCAACAAAAAAUUUUCAAUUUCAUUUCAAAGCUUGACUAUUCUUUUGAAAAACUAGCUAUUAUUGCAGUUAGUGGCAAAACAUUAAUUAGGUUGGUUAAAGAAAUUGAUGCUCAUAAAACUAAAAGCCAUUUUUCAAAAAAACCUGUUGCAGCCUUUCAUAGUUUACUUGAUGAUAUAAAAAAUAAGAUAAAAAUAUACACCAAAUUACAAGCAAUUAAUCAGGUUAAAACGGAACAUGAAAAUAAAGAAGUAUUGAUGAAAGAUUUAUCACCAAACAAAGACAAGAAUCAAACUUUAUAA